AUGCCUUGGUCUUGGUACCCGCUGGCUGAGGUUGUGGAUGGAGAUGUUCCUGCUGAUGAAGAUGGCGAGCGCGUUGAUUUCCUUGAGCAGACAAAGGCUGUCUAUGGGCUGGGUGUUACCAAGCAGGUUGCUGAAGGACUUGCUGAGCUUGGCGGCGGAUGGGUUGGUGGUGAAGAAGUAGAGCAAGCCUGUCAAGGCAACGGUUGA